AUGAAGCUUGGCAACCUUAAUUGCACCCAUGACCAGGAACAAGGAAUAGUACAUCAAAGUCUUGAUGAUUGCCUGCAGCAAUAUAUUAAGAACUUUGAGAGAGAGAAGAUUAGUGGUGACCAGCUACUGCGCAUUACUCAUCAAGAACUGGAAGACCUUGGAGUCACACGAAUUGGCCAUCAGGAGCUCAUCUUGGAAGCAGUAGACUUGCUCUGCGCACUGAACUACGGUUUGGAAACAGAAAAUCUAAAAACCCUUUCUCACAAACUCAAUGCAUCUGCCAAAAAUCUGCAGAACUUCAUCACUGGGAGGAGGAGGAGUGGUCACUAUGAUGGAAGGACCAGCCGCAAAUUACCAAAUGAUUUUCUUACAUCGGUAGUGGAUCUGAUUGGAGCAGCUAAAAGUCUUCUGGCUUGGUUGGACAGAUCACCUUUUGCUGCAGUCACAGAUUAUUCAGUAACAAGAAAUAAUGUCAUACAGCUCUGUCUGGAACUAACAACAAUAGUACAACAGGAUUGCACAGUAUAUGAAACAGAAAAUAAAAUUCUUCAUGUGUGUAAAACUCUCUCUGGCGUCUGUGAUCACAUUAUCUCACUCUCUUCUGAUCCACUGGUUUCCCAGUCUGCUCACCUUGAAGUGAUUCAGCUUACAAACAUCAAGCCAAGUGAAGGGCUGGGUAUGUACAUUAAAUCAACUUAUGAUGGUCUCCAUGUAAUAACUGGAACAACAGAAAAUUCACCUGCAGAUCGGUGCAAGAAAAUCCAUGCUGGGGACGAAGUGAUUCAAGUUAACCACCAAACUGUGGUGGGGUGGCAGUUGAAAAAUUUGGUGAAUGCACUACGAGAGGAUCCGAGUGGUGUUAUCUUAACUUUGAAAAAGCGACCUCAGAGCAUGCUUACCUCAGCACCAGCUUUACUGAAAAAUAUGAGAUGGAAGCCCCUUGCUCUGCAGCCUCUUAUUCCUAGAAGUCCUACAAGCAGUGUUGCUACACCGUCCAGCACUAUCAGCACACCUACAAAAAGAGACAGCUCUGCCCUUCAGGAUCUCUACAUACCUCCUCCUCCAACAGAACCUUAUGUUCCAAGGGAUGAAAAGGGAAAUCUCCCGUGUGAUGAUGUUGGCAGACACAUAGUGGGCAAGCCAGUUCACACAGGAUCCGAAUCUCCAAACUCAUUUCUUGACCAGGAGUAUCGGAAACGCUUUAAUGUGGUUGAAGAGGAUGCAGUUUUAUACUGCUACGAAUAUGAGAAAGGAAGAACAAGUGGUCCUGGAAGGAGAGAGAGCACACCAACAUAUGGGAAACUAAGGCCUAUUUCUAUGCCAGUAGAAUACAACUGGGUGGGGGAUUAUGAAGACCCCAAUAAAAUAAAAAGAGAAAGUAGGAGAGAAAAUUCAUUGCUUCGCUAUAUGAGCAAUGAGAAAAUAGGUCAAGAAGACUACAUGUUUCAAAGGAAUAGCAAAAAGGAUACUGGGAAAAAGUCCAAAAAGAAGGGAGACAAGAGUAGUAGUCCAAGUCAUUACUCGCUGUUGCCUAGUUUACAAAUGGACUCCUUGAGACAAGAGGUCAUGGGCACACCUGGACCAGAAACUGCUUUGUACCAUACAUUUCAGCAGUCUUCUCUACAGCAGAAAAGUAAAAAGAAGAACAAAGCUCCUAUUCCUGGUAAAAGCAAAAGACGGAUCUCAUGUAAAGAUCUUGGUCGAGGGGACUGUGAAGGCUGGCUUUGGAAAAAGAAAGAUGCCAAGAGUUAUUUCUCCCAGAAGUGGAAAAAAUACUGGUUUGUCCUGAAGGAUACAUCUCUGUAUUGGUAUAUCAAUGAAGAGGAUGAAAAAGCAGAAGGAUUCAUCAGUCUACCUGAAUUUAAGAUUGACAGAGCCAGCGAAUGCCGCAAGAAAUAUGCAUUCAAAGCCUGCCAUCCUAAGAUCAAAAGUUUUUAUUUUGCUGCUGAACAUCUAGAUGAUAUGAACAGAUGGCUAAACAGAAUUAACAUGCUUGCUGCUGGCUAUGCAGAAAGAGAGAGGAUCAAACAAGAGCAAGAUUACUGGAGUGAGAGCGAUAAGGAGGAAGCCGACACUCCAUCGACACCCAAACAAGACAGUCCGCCACCCCCAUAUGACACAUACCCACGGCCUCCUUCGAUGAGCUGUGCAAGCCCUUACGUGGAGCCAAAACACAGCCGGCUCUCGUCCACGGAGACCUCCCAGUCACAGUCGUCACACGAGGAGUUCCGCCCGGAGGCGGCGGGGAGCACCACUGACUCGCCGGUGCGCAAGACAGCGAGUCAGCGGCGCUCCUGGCAGGACCUCAUCGAGACGCCCUUGACCAGCUCAGGACUCCACUACCUGCAGACGCUGCCGCUGGAGGACUCUGUGUUCUCCGAGGCGGCCGUGGUCUCCCCCGAGCACCGGCGGCAGUCAACCUUGCCCACCCAGAAGUGCCACCUGCAAGACCACUACGGUCCCUUCCCCCUGGUGGAGGGGGAGCGGAUGCAAGUGCUGAAUGGGAAUGGGGGAAAGCCCCGAAGUUUCACUCUGCCUCGGGAUAGCGGCUUCAACCACUGCUGCCAGAGCCUUUCAGUCGGUGCCACUGAUCACCAUGAAGAAGCGCAACAGAAGGAGGUGGAGGAGGAGGAGGAAGAGGAAGGCAAAGCAGCAGAAGAAAACCAGGAAGAUAAAAUUGAAACUAUAGAGGAGAAAACAGCAGACUCCUUGCAAGAUUUGUACAGAGCCUUGGAGCAGGCCAGCCUGUCUCCUUUAGGAGAACAUCGGAUUUCCACUAAGCUGGAGUAUAAGAAAUAUUUUAUAAAGAGAUGUAGUGAUCCAGUAGUCAAUGAAAAACUGCACCAGCUGCGAAUUCUGAAAAGCACUUUAAAGGCCAGGGAAGGAGAAGUAGCCAUUAUAGAUAAAGUUCUGGAUAAUCCAGCUCUGACAUCUAGAGACUUUCAAGAAUGGAAGCAAAUGUACCUUGAUCUCUUCAUGGACAUCUAUCAAAGCAGCACCCUGAGGGACUCUGUUAAUGGCUCGUCUGAGGUUAAUGCACUUAUAGCCUCCUUAGCACACACUCACUCUUACAUUGAAACACAUGUAUAA